AUUCAGAUACCAGUCUAAGCUUGUGUGCACCACACCCCAUAUUCCCUGGACCCCAGUACAGGGAAGCGUCAGAGGGAGGCUGCUGGGGGCCUCACACUAGGAAGCUCAUUUAAUAUUUAUAGUUGGAGCCACUUAAAUUUAGUCAUGAUAUAAAGUAAGAAAAAAUCAAAGUGCACUGCUUGUCAGUAUAAACCAGUGAUGGCAAACCUAUGAGACGCAUUUCAGAGGUGACAGGUAAACUCAUUUCUUUGUUAAAUGACAUUUAAAUAUAUAAAAUAAAUAUAAAAAAUAUACAUCUUUGGCCAUUGUAGCAUUUUGUCAGAAGCAUCGGUGCUGCGAGGAAGAGUUCCUGCUGAUUCCCGUGCGGGCAGUGUCGAGAUGGUGAAGCUGUUCAUCGGAAACCUGCCCUGGGAGGCCACAGAGCAGGAGAUCUGCACACUCUUCGAGCAGUACGGGAAGGUGCUAGAAUGUGACAUCAUUAAGAACUACGGCUUUGUGCACAUAGAGGACAAGACAACGGCAGAAGAUGCCAUCCGCAACCUGCACCACUACAAGCUGCACGGGGUGAACACCAAUGUGGAAGCCAGCAAGAAUAAGAGCAAAACCUCCACAAAGUUACAUGUGGGCAACAUCAGUCCCACUUGUACCAACAGAGAGCUUCGGUCCAAGUUUGAAGAGUACGGUCCAGUCAUUGAAUGUGACAUCGUGAAAGAUUAUGCCUUCGUACACGUGGAGCGGGCAGAGGAUGCGGUCGAGGCCACCAGGGGCCUCAGCAACACAGAGUUUCAAGGACCUAUGGACUGUAGGCCAGUGACGCUGCUGAACAUCCCGCAGGAUAAGCUCACUUGCCCCCACAAAGUUAUCCAGUCCCAAAUGUCAGUAGUACCAAGGCUGAAACCCUCUUCUAGGUGAUUUUAUCAAUCCGUUGGCUUUGUAUACCAUCUGAAGUAGUGCUGCCCAACAUGAUAGUCAUAGCCACGUACUGUGCUAUGAGU